AUGCAGGGGACCUUCAUGGAGUGCAGAACGUAUGGCAGCAUCUCUCACUAUUUCCACAGUGGCUGUGCCUCAGUCAUCAAGGCCCAGAGCUUCUGUCCCCACUGUGGGGAGGAUGCCCCUGGGGCCCAGGAAGUCACUGUUCCCAAGCCUGUUACUGUCCCCAAACCUGAGCCCGUACUUCCUCCUGUGUCAGCUGUUUCCCCUGUGGCCCCUGUUCCUGCUGUGUCCACCAGGCCCCUCAUUCACAGGGCUAAGAAGACCACGGAGCUUGAGAGGACGCUGGACACCUACCCAACAACAGGUGAUGGAGAGGAACCAGCUAAAACGUCACUGGAGAGCAUCCUGAUGGCCCUGGAUGAGGAAAAGCCAAAGAAAGUGAAAUAUCACACGAAGCAACUGUACAUCUCUGCCCAUCAUGGGGAGCUCCAGAAAGUCAUCCAUCUGCUGGUGGAUGGAAAAGACCCAAACUACCUGAUGGACAAUCAGAACAAGAGGACCGCUCUACAUGCUGCAGCAGAUGAAGGACACCAGGAGAUCUGUCACAUGCUUGUCCAGGCUGGAGCUAACCUGGACAUGUUUGAUGAGGAGCAGAGAACCCCCCUGAUGGACGCCUGUGACAACAACCAUCUGGACACGGUCAAGUACCUGCUGAGGGCCGGGUCAGCGGUCAGCUAUAAGGGUAUCAAGGGCUCCACCUGUCUGCAUUUGGCAGCUAAACUGGGACAUUACUCCAUAGUGGAUAAUCUCCUGUCCAAGGAAUCCAAACAGGUCAACUGUCAGGAUGACGGUGGGUGGACCCCUAUCACCUGGGCUAUAGAGUACAAGCACACAGAGCUGGUCCAACUGCUGCUCUCCAUAGGGGCUGAUGUUAACAUCCGAGAAAAGGAGGAGAACUUUGGCCUCCACUGGGCAGCCCUGUCUGGCUCCGAUGACAUCGCUCAGAUCCUGCUUGAUGCCAGAUGUGACCUCCAUGCAGUCAACGUCCAUGGGGACUCACCUCUACACAUCGCUGUCAGGGAGAACCAACUGGAAUGUGUGACACUGCUUCUGUCCAGAGGAGCAGACGUGAACCUAAGGAACAGAGAGGGGGAGACUCCUCUGGACUGCUGUAUAUACAACUCCAAGGUGUGGGCGGUCCUGAACACCAAUAAGAAGCUGACAGAUGCUAGGAGAGGCAGGGACAGUCAUGGAGAGAAGGUCCUUAGCAGGGACAUCUCUCAGGGGUAUAAGGCAAUCCCCAUCACCUGUGUGAACGGCGUGGACAGUGACUCCUGUCCUGAUAACUACAAAUACAUCCCUGACAGCUGUGUCACCUCCCCAAUCAAUAUAGACAAGGACAUCACUCACUUACAGCAUUGCGUAUGUACAGAUGACUGCUCUUCAAACACCUGCAUGUGUGCCCAGCUAAGCCUGCGCUGUUGGUAUGACAAAGAGGGGCUUCUGCCUGGUGGUUCAGAAUGGAUUCUGGUGGGUGAUGUGCACUGUAUUGAUGCGCGACUCUUUGGCAACAUUGGCCGGUUUAUAAACCACCUGUGUGAACCUAACCUGCUAGCAGCCCGAGUGUUCACCAUGCACCAGGACCUGCGCUUCCCACGCAUUGCCUUCUUCUCCAGCAAGCCCAUUCAGUCAGGUGAUCAGAUUGGGUUUGAUUACGGUGAUCACUUCUGGAAGGUCAAGAGCAAGUAUUACAACUGCUAA